AGGAGGAUUCCAUCAUUUAUAUAUAAAGUGCAGUGUAUCAUCAUCAUCGUGCAUUUCAAUUAUUGGAAUCUAUCUACCUAUCUAUCUAUCUAUUUUUCACAAGAAUCAAAGACGACGAUGAACAACAAGAUUAAUAAUAAUAAUCCCCCAAAACAGGAAUCUGCACACCAUGGCAGCAGCUCUCUUGUCCCUACUUCUAUUCCUCCUCAGGAGAAUGAUGAGGAAGCAUCGAUGGGCAGAGAUGAAAGGAGAAAGCCUAAGCUGUUCUUGCAGAUACCUCCUCCGGCCAUGUCGCCUCAAGAAUUCAUUCAAAUUAAGAUGCCUCCCACCCCUACCCCCACCCCCACCCCCAAGAAGGUCAACUUCUUUAUUGCGCCAAGCCCUUCCGACUCUAGGCCGAAUGCAAGACCUCCGGCGAUGUCCAUCCGGAGCCUACUGCCUAAGCUGAGCUUCAAUCACAGCUGCACUGCCGACACGGACGAUGAUGUCGAGAAACCUGCUGUUGCUGCUGCUGCUGAUGUUGGUUCUUCUCGAAAGACAUCCAUAUCAAGGUCCUGGUCUCUGUCCAAGAUUUUUACUCCGAGGAUGAAGAGGACGUCGUCCCUUCCGUUGUCUCCACUCGUAAACUCCAAUCCUAACAACGCCAACCCCCGUAUGGAUCAUCGCCAACUUUCGCUCCAUAGAAAAGAAGUCGGGUCGAUACACCGGUCGCAGUCUGUCCCCGUCCUCCUUAACAAGGAGAAAAGUCUUCAAAGGAGCAACUCUUUCUUCCGCGUAAUUUCCUCGACUCCCCGGCCAAAGGACGAAGAUCCGGAAGCAACAAUAGGAGACGAGCAAAAUGACGAAGAAGAUAUACCAGAAGAAGAAGCCGUCUGUCGAAUUUGUCUAGUCGAAUUAUGUGAAGGCGGAGAGACACUUAAGAUGGAAUGUAGCUGCAAAGGCGAACUUGCCCUCGCUCAUCAAGAUUGCGCCGUCAAAUGGUUCUCGAUUAAAGGCAAUAGAACGUGCGACGUUUGCAAGCAACAAGUCGAGAAUCUUCCCGUCACUCUUCAACGCAUUCAAAGCUCCAUACUUAUGGAUAGCGACGCCUCGCGGACUAGUUUUUCUCAAAUGGAAUUCAAUGGAUACAGAGUUUGGCAAGAGCUGCCCAUACUUGUCAUUGUUGGCAUGCUAGCCUACUUUUGUUUUCUCGAGCAAUUAUUGGUGAAGAAGAUGGAUAGCAAUGCGAUCGCGAUAUCGCUUCCAUUUUCGUGCAUCUUUGGCUUACUUUCGUCGAUGAUUUCGUCGACUAUGGUGAAGAGAAAGCUCGUGUGGAUUUAUGCAUCAGUUCAAUUCGCUCUUGUGGUUCUCUUCGCUCAUCUUUUCUACAAUUUGGUUCAUGUUCAUGCGAUUAUAUCAGUGCUCCUGUCUGCAUUUGCUGGUUUUGGUGUUGCAAUGACUGGAGCCAGUGUUGUGGUCGAGCUCCUCAAAUGGAGACGGAGAGUGCGCCGGCGGAGCCGCCGGCCGGAAAAUCAGAAUCUGCAGAAUGAGAAUGAGGUGAACAACCAAAUGAGAUCAAGUGAUGACAGCCGCGACUCUCAACCUCAACCUGGAGCUACCAUAUGAUACGAAUACGUUGAUGAUAUGUAUAUAUAUAUAUAGAGAGAGAGAGAGAGGUUUAAGAGAUUAAUUUGUGAAUGAAUGAUCGAAGAAACAUCUGAUAUAUGUUAUGUAGGUUGCACUAUCGCCAUAUUUGCUUAUUGAUUUACAUCAUUAGGAGCUAGCAUUGGUAAUGAUAAUAUGGCAAGAAGUCACGCGAAUUUGAACUUUUUUUUUUUUUUUUCCUUUUAAGUGUGUUGACUUUUUGUAUUUGGGAUAAGAUUAUUUUUUUAUAUUUGGGUAUCGUUAUAGAUUAGAUUGGGAGCCUUUUGAUGCUUCUGAU